AGUCAGUUGAGGCAGGUAAAGAAGUCAGAUGUUCUCUUCUCGUCUACGACACAGGUCUUUUUCUUCGCCUUCAUGAUGAGUCCCGGUUCCGGUUGCUACCCAGUAUUAUUUACUUCUGCUUUUUUUUAAAGAUGACCCAUGUCCUCAUUCUGUCCUUCCUCCUCAUGACAACAGGAGUCUGGGACGCAGCAGAGUGUUCAUCAGGUGAUGGAAAGAGCUUAUGGUACGGGGCUCUGAACCAAAGUGAGUCUGGAACGUUCCCCAAGGGAUUCCUCUGGGGUGUUGGAACUGCAGCAUUCCCAACUGAGGGAUCCUGGGAUCAGGAUGGGAAAGGACUUUCAAUUUGGGACCACUUUACUCAUCGCAGUGUUGGAACAGAGAAGAACAGGAGUACCUUGACAGCCGACACAGCUAGUAGCAGUUACGUGCUCUGGGAAAAGGACAUUGAGUCACUUCAGUACCUUGGAGUUCAAUUUUACUCUUUCUCAAUAUCAUGGCCGCGCAUUUUUCCAGAUGGCAAUGCCACAGGACAACCGAAUAUUCGCGCAGUGCAUCAUUACCGUCGCCUGAUCAGCCGUUUAAAAGAACUAAAUUUGGAGCCAGUCGUCACCCUGUUUUACUGGGAUUUGCCUCAAAUUUUGCAGAAGGAUUUGGGAGGCUGGAGAAACCAGAAACUUGUGCAAAUCUUUUCAGACUAUGCUACAUUUUGUUUUAAAACAUUUGGCCAGGAUGUGCGAUACUGGAUCACUAUACACAACCCAUUCCUCAUUGCAUAUCUUGGCUACGGGACGGGGACUCAUGCGCCAGGGGUGUCCGGGGACCCUGCUGACCCUUUCAUCGUGGCACAUAACCUCAUCAGGGCUCACGCUACAGUCUGGCACAUUUACGACAAGCGCUUCCGUCCCAGUCAGCAUGGUCAAAUCUCCAUCACACUUGGCUCCUACUGGGUGGAGCCUUUCAGAGCCCAGGCUACACCAGAAAAUGUGGAGUUGUGUCAGAAGUCUGUGGAGGCUGUGAUUGGCUGGUUUGCAGAACCUAUACAUGGAGGUGGGGACUAUCCAUGGUCUCUACGUUUAUCCAACCCAGGACUGGUCCCAAAUUUUACACAAGAGGAACAGAUUUGGGUGCGUGGCACUGCUGAUUUCUUCUCGCUGGCAUUUGGCCCUGACUCUGUACGUGCAGGAAAAGUUUUGACACAGUUCGGCCAGACAGGGGCACUGAAUCUAAGAAAGAUUCUGGGUUGGAUCCAAAAGGAGUAUAAGAAUCCUUCAGUGCUGGUGGCGGAGAGCAGUUGGUUCUCUGAUGCCUCUGUGGGAGUGGAAGACACAGUGGCCAUUUACCUCAUGAAGAGAUUUAUUAACCAGGUGCUUCAAGCGGUGGUUGUGGACCAUGUGAAGGUAUUUGGCUACACAGCCUGGUCUCUGGUGGAUGGGUUUGAGUGGAAUAGCGGCUACAGUAUAAGAAGAGGACUAUUCUACAUCGACUUCAACAAUCCUGAAUGCACCAGGGUGCCAAAAUCAACAGCCCAGUACUACAGGCAGAUUAUCAAGGACAAUGGCUUUCUUACAAAUGAGACAGAGCGAUACAUAGAGGGCCAUUUUCCCUGCGAUUUCCAGUUUGGAGUCGCAGAUUAUAUCCUGCAGGUCCAUCUGCAGCCAUUUUCACCUCAGUUCAUUGAUCCUGUACUAUAUCACUGGAAUGUUAGUGGUGAUUGCUCCCUUCACCCUGUUGCAGGAGUAACACUUCGCACACGUGGGUCCCAGUGCACCGACUUCCUCGCUAUUCAAAAUCACAUUCAUCUCCUGGAAGUCAUGGGGACAUCACAUUACAGAUUUGCCCUGGACUGGCCUCGGCUUUUCCCCAAAGGUGACGUCCUGUCUGUGGAUGCAGAAGCAGUGCGAUAUUAUCACUGCAUGCUAACUGAGCUCCAGAAGAAGGGUAUCCGUGUAGCUGUUACACUCUACCACCCCAGCCUCAGGUCACAAACACUUGGCUUACCAAGAAUGCUGCAUGCUCAAGGUGGAUGGGUGAAUACGAGUACAAGUGAUGCCUUUGUUGACUAUGCCACAUAUUGCUUUCAAAAGUUCGGGCCACUUGUCAAUGUCUGGAUCACUGUUAAUGAGCCAAAUCGUCUGACAGAAGCAUAUAAUGUAAGUGCAAAAGAAAAAGAUAUGGUGCUGCGUAACGUGUUGAUGGCACAUGCUCGUGCAUGGAAUAUUUACCAUGAACGUUUCCGUCAACAGCAGAAGGCGAUGAUAAGUUUUGCACUCCAUGCUGAUUGGGCUGAACCGGCCAAUCCCUUUGUAGACUCUCACACCAGUACUGUUCAACACUUCUUGUUCUUUGAACUUGGACGUUUUCUCGACCCGAUCCUACAGGACAUAGUCUACACUGAUGCAAACAGCUGCCAUGACUGCUUCCAUAUGCCACAUUUUUCUAAGGAUGAGAGGUCUGAGCUUAAAGGCGCCCUAGAUUUUAUUGCACUCAAUCACUUCACUACUCGUCUAGUUUACCCAAAAUUGAAACAAGACAUCAAAGCUUCUUCAUCUGCCCAUGAUCAUGGCUGCUCAUUCAUGGCAGAUCCAACAUGGGCAUCAUCUAAUAGGGGCCAAGCUAUUGUGCCAUGGGGGCUACGCAAAGUCCUGAGGUGGGUGAAGAAUCGCUAUGGUAACACUCGCCCUGUUAUUAUCACAGCCACAGGGAUUGAUGAUCAGGCAUCCUAUAAUGACCACCUGAGGCAGCGAUAUAUAAAGAGCUACAUGCAGGAAGCACUGAAGGCUCGUGAGCUUGAUGGAGUUGAUGUGCGUGGCUUUUAUGUCUGGAAGCUGCAAGAUCAUCAUGCUCCGGAUUUCGGAUUUUUCCUUUCCUCCCACCAUCGCUCCCAACCCAAAGCCUCUGUCUCUAUGUACCGCCAGGUAAUUUCUCAGGGUGGCUUUCCCUCCAUCACUGACACUGUGAUUUGCGAGCCAAGCGUCAGCCAAGAUGAGUGUUGGAUUUGUGAUAACAAACCACUGAUCGUCUUUGGCACUUGUGUCACUAUCAGUAUGUUCAUGCUGGUCGGCAUUGUGGUUGCUAGUUUAAUGAAGAGGAGCAGGUGGAAGAGGAGGAUGAAGACAAGGAAGAGGAAGAUGAGUCGAAACAUAAGAAGGGUGGUGUACAGAAUAUAAAGACCUUUUUUUGUCACUAUUUAGCAAGAAGAAGUCCACACUAUCUUCCUUGUCACAUAGAGUUUUGGGUGAAAAAUAAAAUUGGGUUCAAUGAAACAGAUCAGCCAAGACAUGAUUGGUAUUUGAAAUUUGCUUCUAAUGAUGUACAGUAUAAUUGCACUAUUUUUGAGUUUCCUUUGGAGUCUGGUUCCACUUUAGGUUUCUCUUUCGUGUUGUCUCAGGGAGGUUUUCCUUGCCACUGUCACCCCUGGUUUAACUGAUCAUUAGGCAUCCUGAUUUCUGUAAAGCUGCUUGGUGAUGAUGUCUAUUGUUUGAAAUGCUAUAUUUAAAAAAUUGGAUUGAAUUGAACAGUUUAAAAUUUAAAAGAGGACAAUUUCACAAACCAAGCAUGUCUUAGCUGAUUAAAUAUAUUUAUUGUAAAUUUUGUGGAUUUUUUUUUCAUGGGUUAAAGACUGUUGUUCACCAGAAUUACUUGAAAACAGAUUUACUAAUGAAUGUGUAAUGGUUUAAUGCUGACUAUAAUUUUUUAAUCUCUGUUUGGAAGUUGUAUCUCAGAUGUUCUGUCCUUGUGACGUUCGUUAAACAGAAUUAAAAUAAAUAAUGCUCCUGA